CCACGAGUAAGUGGAGUGAAGAUCUGAAAGAUUAAAAGAUCUUGCAUUGCAUUCACAACCCCACUCUUUCUUUUAUCCUACACCACCUUUAUUAACCUUGAUAAUUUUCUCAUCCGAGCUCAAUAGCUUUGUUCAAACGGUUGCUCGCUUCCCCAUCUAGCUUUCAAUACUCGAGUAUAUACCAGGACUCGCUUCAAAUACCAUGGCUACCCCUAAUCCUCUUGAAAAUUCUUCUUCAGCUAUAUCUGUAUCAGAAAAAACUUUUCACAUCGCUGGUAUCCUAACAACCAUUUAUGGUCUCGAGGAAAUAUCCCCAUCAUGUACAUCCAUAUCAUGUCUCUGGCUUCUCCACCCACGACUCCAAACGAAGAAAAUCAUGGAAAACGUAGCUUCCACGUGUAUUCAAGAAUGGAAUCAACUAUCGGGUUCAAAUCGAACGGUCGGUUUGAUCGCGGUCGCUUUUGAUCAAAGAAAUCACGGAAGCAGAGAAGUCAAUGCUUUAGCAAAUGAAUCGUGGAGAGAUGGUAAUGAAACUCAUGCUCAAGAUAUGUUCAGUAUAUUUCAUGGAACCGCAAUGGAUACAAGUCUCCUGAUAGAUCAUUUGCCUUCCUACGUCUUCAAUACCAGAGAUUCCCCUUCCAUCGAUCAACACCUUGUCUUGGGUAUCUCUCUCGGAGGUCAUUCAGCAUGGCAAGUUUUGUUUGCUGAUCCAAGAGUCACUGCUGGUGUUGUGAUUAUUGGAUGCCCGGAUUACAUGCGAAUAAUGACCGACCGAGCGCGGCUCUCCAAACUCCCCACCUACACAUCCACCUCUCCCCCCGGCAUCUCCUUCCAGGGCAGCAAAGACUUUCCCCCCGCCCUAAUUUCCAGUCUCCAAAAAUGGGAUCCUGCAUCCAUCCUCUUCGGAACCUCCCCCAUUCCCUCUACCUCCCCACCAUCCCCCCAUGCCCAUUCCCUCUACACACCCAUCCUCACUCAAAAACUCGCCCACAAACGUAUUCUCGUUUGCUCCGGCGCCGACGACAAGUUAGUCCCCUAUCAUUGUUCUGCGCCCUUUCUACAAUUUUUUAAAAAUGCAACGGAUGCGCAAACGGGGUGGUGGAAGGAAGGAGGCUUGUUUGUGGAUGAUAGAGUGUAUCCUGGGGUGGGCCAUGCGUUUAGUAAGGAUAUGCUGGGUGACACGGUGGAGUUUGUGAAUGAGACGUUGGCGGGGAAGAUGGGAGAGGCUACGGGUAGUCAGGCAAAAAUUUAGUUUUAUGGGGGAGAGAAGAAUGAGGAGGGGGAUUGUUGGGCUAUAUAUAUAUAUUGUGGGAGUUGGU